AUGUAUAGAUUUCGCGCCAUAAAGACUAACCCCGAUGUAUUGCCCACAACGCCCAUCUCCCAGCUGCUGUGGGAUGACUUCUGGGGCACGCCCCUCACCCACAGCGGCUCGCACAAGUCCUACCGCCCCCUCACGGUGUUAUCCUUCAGACUCAACUACAUGGCGUCAGAGUUCCAGCCCCGGUCCUACCACGUGACUAAUGUGGCGCUGCACGUGGCGGCGACGGGGCUUUUCGCCGUGCUGGCGCGCACGCUCACGCCCCACGCCCGGCUCGCCCGGACGGCCGCCCCUCUCCUCUUCGCCGCCCACCCUAUCCACACCGAGGCCGUGGCGGGCGUGGUGGGCCGGGCGGACGUGGGGGCGGCCAUAUUCUUCCUUGGCGCCCUCCUCUCCUACAUGCGGUACUGCGGGUGCAGCCGAGGCAACGUCAACGGGAGUGCGGGCGGCCGGGUGGGUCGCAAGGCGUGGCUGGGCGCGGCGCUGGUGUCCGCCACGCUCUCUAUGCUCACGAAGGAGCAUGGCAUCACGGCCCUGGCGGUGUGCGCCGCCUACCACGUCUUCGUGCACGCCAGACUCCGACCCCGGGACCUGCUGUCCAUCCUUACCGAGCGGCGGCAUCGAGGAGUAGCGGAAGGGUUGGCAGCCCUGGGCGCGGCCCUGGUGGUUCUCCUCUCCUGCCGCCUGGCCAUCAUGGGCUCGCAGCCUCCGGAGUUCUCCCCGGCAGAUAACCCUGCGGCGGACUGCGACUCCCCGGCGGUGCGCUCCCUCACCUUCUUCUUCCUGCCGGCGUUCAACGCCUGGUUGCUGCUGUGCCCCUACACGCUCUCCUUCGACUGGUCCAUGGAGGCCAUCCCCCUCAUCACCUCCAUCGCAGACCCGAGGAACCUGGCCUCCUUCGCGCUCUACGCCGUGCUGGCCCUCCUGGCCAUGACGGUGCUGUUGUCGCUGCGGCGGCGGCGCCCGGGGGAAGACGCAGCCAGCGGCGAGACCACGACGUCGGGCGACGUGACCGUCAUGGGCCUGGCCCUCAUGCUGCUGCCCUUCCUGCCCGCCACCAACCUCUUCUUUUACGUUGGCUUCGUCGUGGCCGAACGCAUCCUGUACAUCCCGUCCAUGGGCGCGUGUCUCCUGGUGGGCUGGGGCGCCCACCUGCUGCAUGCGCGCGCCCGCACCGCCCGCGCACGCCGCCUACUGCAUGGGGCAUUAAUUAUCCUCUUUUUGCUCUUUGCCGCCCGCACGUGGAGCCGCAACCGUGACUGGGCCACGGAGGAGAACCUUUACCGCUCAGGCAUCGCAAUCAACCCGCCCAAGGCGUACGGCAAUCUGGCCAACAUCCUGAGUUCGCAGGGCAAGAAGGAGGAGGCAGAGUGGGCCUACAAGAAGGCUUUGUCCUACCGAUCCAACAUGGCGGACGUCCACUAUAAUCUAGGUAUAUUGUUUCAAGAACAAAAGCGGUACGAAGAAGCUCUACAAGAAUAUAAAUUAGCGAUACAGUUCAGGCCGAGGAUGGCAAUGGCGCACCUCAACAUGGGCCUUGUGCUGGGCCUGAUGGGGCAGAAGGCGGAGGCGGCGGAGGUGUACCGCCACUGUUCGCAGCUGGACGGGUCCGGCCUGAAGGACCCCCGCACGCACGAAGCCACCAAAAUCUCCGCCCUCUUCAACCUCGGCAGACUCUACGCUGAUGACGGAAACUUCGAGCGGGCCAUCGGGGUGUACCAGGAGGCCGUCGAGAAGAUGCCGCCGCACUACCAGCCACAGAGUCUGUACAACAUGCUGGGCGAGGCCUUUUUCAAGCUUGAAAAGUUUGACGAUGCCGAGAGAUGGUACCUGGAAGCGCUGAAGGUGAAGGCUGACCACGUCCCCGCCCAUCUCACCUACGGGAAGCUCCUCGCCAAGAUGCAACGGAUAGGAGAAGCCGAGGAGUGGUUCGAGCGCGCCAAGACCCUCGCGCCCAACGACUCCACCGUCCACCAGCACUUCGGUCAGUUCCUGUCGGAGGUGGAGCGGCACGAGGCGGCGGCUGACCACUACGUGAAGGCGGCUCAGCUGGCGCCGUCGGAAUACGAGAUCAUCUUCAACGCCGCCAACACGCUGCGUCAGGCGGGUCGCAACAAACAGGCAGAGGAUUAUUACAGACAAGCGGUUCUCCUUCGACCUCAGGAGGCGACUUCUCACAUGAACCUGGGCGCCAUGCUGCACGUCAACGGCAAGCUCCUCGAGGCCGAGUCUAGCUACCUGGAGGCUCUGCGCCUCAAGCCCGAUGACUCCAUCACAAGGACCAACCUGCAGAAGCUCAGACACCUGUUGGCGAAGAAGGGGAUCAGCCCCUCCAGAUAGCCGAGUGAACGCCCGUCGAGGACUUCCGACCCGAAAGAAAAACGAAAAGAAAAAAAAAGUUUGUGAUAACCGCGAGCAACAGCAGCAAUGAGCGGCAGCGUUGCAUGUUCUAGUGAUCGUCCUCGAUGUGAGUGACGGCUUCUCGGUCGUGGAAGCCACGUGUCCGGUGGGCGGCGGCGCCUCCGUCAGAUGGUGGCGCCUCAGUCCUGGGCCUCGCUCAACACCGCGCCAAGGAGGACACUCGCAGGAGGCGGCCCGGCAAUCGUGAUGGCAACCAAGGACUUAAGUUGCUCACCAAAACAGAAUGCUCAAGUUCAUCCUCGUCUUCAGGUCGUACUCAAGAUGUCAGCCUUUCAAGUCCAGUGAGAAGAUGGCCGUUAUGAGCCUUGGCCGGCGGCUCGCCCAGGCCCACUCCCCUACUCACUACAUAGCGGGAAUGAGCCUCAGCGAGACGGCAACUCAGGAUCAUAACAGCUGAUCUAGUCACAGCUAGAGAAUAGGAACACCUCGAGGUUCAUCAAGUCACCCCUGAACACGGCUCAAGGAAAAGGAGACCGACGGCGGAGCGACGGAGUUCGAGUGGAGGCGGAAGUCCAGGAGGCCGAGGCCCUAGCGAGGGGCCUCUGGUGCGCAGUCCGGACACGCGACGGAGUCCACGCACCACAACCUCACAUCAUCGGCGUGGUCAGUUUGUGAGCCAAGGAUGAAUUCGACGCUGUUGGCCGACCUUUCAUAUUGGACGAUGAAUUCGAAAGCCUCAAGCAAGCCCUUGUGUUUCAGAACAGUCGUAUAGUGGGAAAAGAAAUGAUCUUAGAACCCCGACGCAAAACGUGCCACAGUCAAGAGAGAGGCGCAGUUUUCAUGAUAUUUUGGCAACGAAAAAGACACGAAAAGUCUUAAAGAAAAGUGUUCAUUCCAGAGUGACAACGAAUCGUCUUCCUCUGCUUGGCUAGACCCGCAGAUCUUGCUCCGUCACCUCCGAAGUCAGUGUCAAUAGAGCUUCCCUCAGUGCCAAACACAUAUCAAAUCAGGAAGCAGUGCCAAAAUCCUUCACCGGCAUAUCUUAAAAUUAUUACCCAGAAACUGCCCGAUAUUCCCAUUCCCCCUCCCCCUUUUUUCCUGAAAAACAAGAAAAAAACGAAAGAAACCUUAUGCAGCUCAGGCUGGGAUUUCCCAUUUCUGAGAAAAAUAGAGAGAAAUCCCUCGGUCAUUUCUCGUAUCCAGUUGUUCCUUAAUGAUUAUCAUUUACAACGCUAUCUCUUCAUAAUCAAGUGGACGGGUACCAUCAGUUGAGACAGUUCAGUAGUUUUCCCUUUUUUGUGAUUCUUUCUGUGGUAUGCGUCCCCCCCCCCUCCUGCGAGUUUUUUUUCACUAGAAAUGUCCUGCGCGCUCCUUGUCCUUCUACGAUGUUCUGAGUGAUAUUAUCCAAUUUUUAUUUAUUUGUUGUAUCUAAAGACACCAACUGACAUUUAUUCUGUGUGGAUCGGAGUUUGGAAUCGCUUCGAUAUGUUUGGUUGAUGAGUACAUUUCGUUUGUACGAGCAAAUGUGUUUUUAAAAAAUACAAAAAAACAAACGCCGCUUACAGCUAUGACAAAAUUUCGGUGAUAGUGAUCUUGAUCUUUUUUCGAACUCACUUAAACGUUAGUUGUCAGAGGCGUUCCAUACAGUCAUAUAGUUUAUAAACCGGCAGUAAACCCGUAGGGGAUCACCCAUUUCAUCUACAUCUAGAACAGAAUGAGUAUUACUAUAAACUGUGAUCAUAUAACAGGUUGGGCCGCCGCUGUGUUCUGUACAGCAUGUUUCAAAGGUUGUAUUGUGUGCUGGACUCAAGCAUGUGGAAGUACACAAGAAUGAGAACAUGUGAGAACAUUAGAACAUGCGACCAAGGAAGGUUGCGACGCCGUGUGGCAGGAGGGAUGACUUCUUGCUCCGGUAGUCGUUUUUUUAGUGAAAUGAAUGUUUGAAAAGUGAAGCCGAGGUCAGGGAGCAUAUAUUCUUUUUUUAUUAUUAUUCUUUUUUGGACAGCGUUCUAGCCCUGAGGACGAGACGUUGUCCUUCCUGCCAAUUAGGUGACCUUGUAAAACCCAGCGCGCCCAACCUCCUUUAUCUGGCUACGGUGCUCACUACUUGUUGUGCAACUCGUAAAAUUUAUAUAAGAAUAUACUUUCUUCGUAGUGGCAACGGCAUGAUAUGUCACCAAUUAUAUAAUUGUAAACUGUGAGUUGAUUGCACGUGGCAGCUGUGAGCACCGUGGCGUCAGUAGUCUUGGUAAAAAAGAAAACAACAUUUUUGGAAAGCAACAUCCACUGAAUAAGUAAAAUAGAGAAACAAUUCAGCAUUUGAUCAAAACCUGUCAUGCAUCAUUGUACAACAGCCCCGACUGUCUUCAGUGAUUCAAAUUGGAUAUUAAUAUUUUGUAUAGUCAGACGUAACCAACUCCAUUGUUUAGAUAUUUAUAUAUAAAUGUGCAAUAUUUGAUUUUUGUGAUGCCGCCCCGCGAGGGCGACGAGCCAACCCGGUAACGUUCCAGCUCCCGGUGAUGGGAAGGCGAAUGGCGUGGCGAGACAGCGCCGGCGCGAGGGAGCCGCAGCCCGACCUCCGUCCUGCCGGCGGCCUCGACGGGCGGGCCGGAGGGAGCUCCCCCGGGGCCACAGGAGAAGUGGUGCUGAAGGAAGGCAGUGGAGCGGGUCAGCAGUCGGGAGCGGCCGCGGCGCCCGACCGGCAGGACGACGUCGACGCCAGCGGACGGCGUCAGGGAGAAGCCGCCUGCGGCCUCCUUUGCCGAGCUGAGGAAAAGCUGUCAAGUCACAGAUGAUUUUUAUUGUGAUGAAACGAUGUUCUCUAAUGCCUUGUAGAUGAUAUGCCAAAGACUACGUAAAUAUGUUUCCUAGAUGUGUAAGAGUUGACGCCUCAUAUUAAUAAUAAUUUUCCCCGAUGGGGAGUGACAGAAAAUCAAAAGUAGUGUGUCUACGGUCGGUUGGCCAGCGACGUCUCGAGGGCGGAGGACGUGGGCGUGUGGGCCACCGGGCGGGCGGGCCAGAUCCUCAAACGCAGCUUUAUUUAUUCUCUUUACUGAAUCAACCGACGACUGAUGACCCAGCGAUCAGCCCCGCUCCCCCUGGAGGGACCGCACCCCCACCCCCACCCCGGCCUCGCUCGCCCUCCGAUCUCACUUAUUUCUCCCUCAAUCAAAAUAUCCUGUGGGCUGCGUCCCGAAUCCUGGACCACCACCCUCCUCCUUCUUUUUCAGCUUCCUCCUCCUCCUUCUUUUUCAGCUUCCUCCUCCUUCUUCUCCUCCUCCUCUUACUCCUCCUCUUACUCCUUUCUUCCUCA